AUGUCUCCUAUCAUCGCGGGUGGGAUAGUCAUUGUAGACAUCGGGGGCCUCCCAGGUGAGAUCUACGAGCUAAUUUGGAGUGAAAUCGAAACCAAAUCUGACGAGUGCAAGGCAAUGCUGCCAUCACGGAAACGCCAAAAGACCGCCUGGGUAGAGGGGCCGGCUGCGGACUCCCUGGUACAGGCGAUUACCACAGAAAACUCGCUGAUACAGGCAGUUGCCACAGAACAAUCUCUAGCAGCCCCAACGGUGGGCGGACCGGAUAUCCUGCCAGGAUUCUGGGCUAAUAGGGCCAAAGAAUGCCCUUGGCCAAAGGGUGCGCGGAUUGUUCUCACCGCGGGAACACUACUAUUUCAACUGGUAGCCCUGCCAUUGAAAAAGGGAGCCUGCUCUCAAACCGCCGGACAGGACAAAGCGUGA